GAGGCACCAUGAAGUUGAUGAUUGUUGCUUUGCUUGUAGCUGGUGCCUACGGGUGUGGUGUGCCCACCUUCCCCCCCUCCACAAGCAGGGUGGUGGGCGGAGUAGACGUGCGUGAGCACAGCUGGCCAUGGCAGGUGUCCCUCCAGUACGACGUAGGUGGUUUCCACCACAGCUGUGGUGCAGCUCUGCUCUCUGAGGAGUGGAUCAUGACUGCUGCUCACUGCAUCACAUCAGGCCGCAUCUACAAGGUCUAUCUGGGCAAGCACAGCCUUAAAGAUGACGAGGCUGGUUCUGAGUUCAUCAGUGUUGCUAGGAUCAUCUACCACCCGAAGUGGGAUUCCUUAAGAGUCACUAACGACCUUGCCAUGCUCAAGUUGAGGACCCCUGUCACCUUCUCUGACUCCAUCAAGCCUGCCUGCCUUCCCAAGUUCGAGCAGAUCCUGCCCCAUGACACACCCUGUUACGUCACCGGCUGGGGACGUCUCUCCACCAACGGAGAUGGCGCGGACAUCCUGCAGCAGGCUCUGCUCCCCAUCGUGGAGCAUGCCACCUGCAAGAAGAACGACUGGUGGAGCGUCAUGGUGACGGACAAAAUGGUCUGCGCAGGAGGAGAUGGGGAGCGCGGCAGCUGUUUUGGAGACUCUGGCGGCCCCCUGAACUGCCAGAACCCUGACGGCUCCUGGGCGGUUCACGGUGUGGUCAGCUUCGGAUCUGGACAGGGGUGCAACGUCGUCAAGAAGCCCUCCGUCUUCACCCGCAUCAGCGCCUACGUUGACUGGAUCAAUAGAAUCAUGAUCCAACUCUAAAGAGUGUAUCUACCGCAUUCUUUCUGUUAAUUAGGUUCGCAUCAAAUAAAGACAUUUUUUGUGC